AUGGCAACCAAGCGGAUGAACAUCUUGGUGUACUCUGGCAACGGAAGUACCACCGAAUCUGUCCGCCAUUGCAUGUACACCCUGCGCCGUCUGCUCUCGCCUUCUUACGCUGUCAUACCUGUAACUGGCGAUACUCUGAUCAAAGAACCCUGGUUCAGCACCUGCGCUCUUCUUGUCUUUCCUGGCGGCGCUGACCUAGGUUAUUGCCGUACGCUCAAUGGUGAGGGGAAUCGAAGGAUCAGCCGGUAUGUGAAUGCCGGGGGUUCAUAUCUAGGAUUCUGCGCUGGUGGGUAUUACGGAAGUGCGAGAUGUGAGUUUGAGCUUGAUGAUCCGAAGAUGGCUGUUGAGGGAGAGAGGGAGUUGGCGUUCUUCCCGGGUGUGUGUAGGGGAUUGGCCUUUGAGGGGUUCAAGUAUGCGAGUGAGGCUGGGGCGAGGGCUGCUGAAAUCAAGAUUGAGAAGGAGGCGUUUGAGAGUGUUGAUGAGGGUGUGGCGGAGACGUUCAAGAGCUAUUAUAAUGGUGGGGGUGUGUUUGUUGAUGCGAAGAAGCUCGAGAGUAGGGGCGUACAGAUCCUGGCGAGCUAUACCGAGGAUCUGCACGUCGAAUCUGGAGAAGGCCAAGCGGCUGUUGUCUAUCGUAAGGUGGGUGAGGGUCACGCUGUAGUCACGGGGCCACAUCCAGAAUUCGCACCGCAAAACCUCAGCAAGAUCCCCAGUCUACCAUCUUACGCGACCAUUAUCAAUGAUAUCGCUGCCACGGACGCAACACGACUUGCCUUUAUGCGCUUGAUCCUCGGGAAACUUGGUUUGCAGGUUAACGAACAGGAACAAGCGGUACCAUCCCUAUCCCGCCUGCAUCUCACUGCUCAUAGCUUGGCAGACGUCUCUGACCUCGUUGCGACGUGGAGCGAAAUCAUUACUGUGAUGGACGGCGAUGAGUAUAUCAAGGGCGAGAACGACGUGUUUCGGAUUGAGAAAGAGGGUACGGCGUGGAGCGUAAAGGAACUGAAGAGGGCUGUCAGUGCCAUGUCGGAGAAACUGCCUACACUAGCGUCAGUGACGAACAGUGACGAGAAGAGUGUUGGAGAGCAAGGCCAGGAGAAGGAAGAUGACAGCAAGAAGAAGAGGACCAAGACACCAGAAGAGGAGGUUCACGACUGUAUCGAGUACACGGCCAACACCUCGCCCGACGAGAUCAUCGACUACGCCAAGAUCGUCAAGGUCAUAAUACCCCAUGAGAAAGCUCUUCCAUCGGCUCAAGAGACACCGUUCCAUCAUGAUGCCUUUUAUGCAAACCUCCAUCACUACCAUACCAAGCUCCGCAACCCUGACGCUUCUUUUGGAAAACACCUCAUGUAUGGUGAAGUCGUAACAUCGACCAACACUCUUCUCGAAAAGAAUCCGUCUUUGCUGCGGAACCUCCCCAAUGGCUUCACAAUAACAGCAACAACACAAAUCGCAGGUCGCGGUCGCGGAAACAACGUCUGGAUCGCACCGCCUGGCGCACUAAUGUUCAGCACUGUGUUGCAUCAUUCUUUUGCACUAAGUCAAAGUGCACCAGUAGUGUUUAUCCAGUAUCUCGCAGCUCUGGCCAUUGUGCAAGGCAUCAAGAACUAUGCGCCUGGGUACGAGAAAAUCCCUAUAAAGCUCAAGUGGCCAAACGACAUCUAUGCGCAACUCCCCGGCUCUAGCGCAAACCCUGUCGUCAAGAUAGGAGGUAUCCUGGUGAAUAGCAGUUAUUCCGGCUCCACGUACGACGUCAUACCAGGAAUUGGGUUGAAUCUGAGUAAUGCGCUGCCGACGACGAGUCUGAAUCAGCUUGCCAAGGGCAUGAAUCCGCCACUCAAGGACUUUACGCCAGAGAAGCUGCUGGCGAGCAUUCUAGCGCACUUCGAGACACUGUACUCGACGUUCUGCCAGGAAGGUUUCAACCGCGACAUGGAGUCGUGCUACUAUGAGAACUGGCUGCAUACUGAUCAGCUUGUGACGCUCGAGGACCAACAGGGGGUGCAGAGUGGGUGUAAGGCGAGGAUAAAGGGUAUCACGAGGGAUUGGGGCUUACUUCUCGCUGAGGAGGUGCGCGAGAUUGAUGGGCGAGGAACGGGCAAGAUUAUUCAGAUCCAGAGUGAUGGGAAUAGCUUUGACUUCUUCAGGGGCCUGGUCAGGCGCAAGGUUUAG